CACAAAUUUGGCCUCCGCGGCCCCUUGGCGACGCGCGCGCCCCCACGCUUUUUUUGCGGUUGUUUUCGACAAACGCCAUCGACGAUUGUGUUCGCCAUCUUUUGCUCGUGUUUGCGGAUUAAAUUCGGUGCGUGGAUAGAGCCGAAAGAUGGGUCCGACCGUUGAGGAGCCCCCUCCUCAGCUGGCGGAACCGCCCAAAGAAGAUGUCCCCAUGGACGAGGCUGCCCCCGAGGCCCCCAAGGAGCCGGCCCCUCCGCCCGAGCAGACGCCGACCAAGCCGACGAUCGGCAUCAUCUACCCGCCGCCCGAGCUGCGCAACAUCGUCGACAAGACCGCCAGCUUCGUCGCCCGCAAUGGACCCGAAUUCGAGGCGAGGAUCCGCCAGAACGAGAUCAACAACUCAAAGUUCAACUUCCUCAACCAGGGAGACCCGUACAAUGCGUACUACCAGCACCGCGUCAAAGAAGCCCGCGAGGGCAAGGUGGUGCCGGAGAUCGCGGUCGCGCCGACCCCCGUCAAGCCGACGGCCGCGACGACCAAGGCGCAGGAGCUCGCCAAGCUAGUCGAGCAGCCCAUCGUGCCCAAAGAGCCGCCGCCCGAGUUCGAGUUCGUCGCCGACCCGCCGUCCAUCUCGGCGCUGGACCUGGACAUCGUGAAGCUGACGGCGCAGUUCGUGGCCCGCAACGGCCGCCAGUUCCUGACGAACCUGAUGAACCGAGAGCAGCGCAACUACCAGUUCGACUUUUUGCGGCCGCAGCACAGCCUGUUCAACUACUUCAUGAAGCUGCUCGAGCAGUACACCAAGAUCCUGGUGCCCAACAAGAACCUGAUGGCAAAGUUGAAGAAAGAGGCCGAGGACCCCAAGGUCAUCCUGGACCAGGUGCGCUACCGCGUCGAGUGGACUAAGAUGCAGGAGGCGCAGCGGCGCCGCGAAGAGGAGGAGGCCGAGCGAGAGAGGGUGCAGUACGCCCAGAUUGACUGGCACGACUUCGUUGUCGUCGAGACGGUGGACUACCAGCCCAACGAGCAGGGGCUGUUCCCGCCACCGACGUGCCCCGACGAGGUGGGCACGCGGGUGCUGGCGCAGCAGCGGAUGGAGGAGGAGGGGGAGGAGGUGGAGAUGGAGGUAGAGUCGGACGAGGAGGCCAGCGACAAGGAGGAGGAGGCGCCGCCACGCGCCAAGGAGCAGGCACCGUCGCACCGCCCCCCGAGUCCCCCCCCACAACCCCCGAAAGAGGCACCCCCCCAGCUUCCCCCGCUGCCCCCAAACCCGGAGCAAGUGGUGGUCCGCAAGGACUACAACCCGAAAGGCACCAAGGUCCAGCGGCCGACCUCGGAACAGUACCUCAUCUCGCCCAUCACGGGAGAGAAGAUCCCCGCGGAUAAGAUGCAGGAGCACAUGCGGAUUGGGCUGCUGGACCCCCGCUGGGUGGAGCAGCGGGACCGGGCGCUCCAAGAAAAGAUGCAGCAGGACGAGGUGUUCGCCCCGGGCGCGGCCAUUGAAAGCAGCCUUAAGCAGUUUGCCGAGCGCCGUACGGACAUCUUCGGCUUCGGUGACGAAGAGACGGCCAUUGGCAAGAAGAUUGGCGAGGAGGACCACCGGCCCCAGGAGAAGGUGACCUGGGAUGGCCACACGGCCAGCAUGGAGGCGGCGACGCGGGCUGCGCGUGCCAACAUCACCAUUGAAGAGCAGAUCCAGCAGAUCCACAAGAUCAAGGGCUUGCUGCCGGAUGAGGAGAAGGAACGAAUCGGGCCGGCCAAGCCACACGGCUCCGUCCCAAUGCCGCCGCUGCCGCCGUCGAACCCACCACCUCCGCCGCUGCCGCCGACGCCGGUCUCAUCGUCGGCGCCGGCACCGCCGGGAACUAUGAAGACCUCCAUGUCACGCCCGCCGCAGCCUCCAAUGCCACCGAAGAUGGCGCAGCCACCAAUGCUGCCGCCAGCCGCGCUUCGGACGGUCAUCGCACAUGCCCCAGUGCCGGCACCGCGCACCAUGCUGGCGCCGCAGGGUAUUUUGAUGGCGCCGCACAUGGGCCACCCAGCGGGAAUGAUCGCCGUCGCGACGCAGGGCGGGCCACCCCAGAUGGCGUUCGCUUCGAUGCCACCACUGCCGCCGGAGCGCCCACCACCUGCGGAAGAAGAGCCGCCGAGCAAGAAGAGCAAGACGGAAGAGGCGCUGAUCCCAGAGGCAGAGUUCCUCCAGCGUAACCGUGGCCCAGUGACGGUGCGAGUGCAGGUUCCGGGGGCGGCGGAGAAGGCGGAGUGGAAGCUGAACGGGCAGACGCUGACACUGACGCUGCCCCUAACGGACACCAUCUCGGUGCUGAAGGCGAAACUGCACGAGGAGCUGGGCAUGCCGCCGGGCAAGCAGAAGCUGCAGUACGAGGGCAUGUUCGUCAAGGACUCCAACAGCCUGGCCUUCUACAACCUGGGGCAGAACGCCACCAUCGUGCUCCAAGUAAAAGAGAGGGGAGGCCGCAAGAAGUAGGCCAUGGAGGGAGUCGAACGGUGGCCCUCGUGACUCUGUACCGUGCGUUGCUGGCAUUAAAGCUUGGCUACACGAGGAA